GUCAUCGCUACAAGGUGAGCGCUCGGUAGCCAUUUUGUUAGCUAGCGUGAGGGUUAAAUAGAUUAGCUUGAGCAUUUGUAGGUAUUUCGUGCGUGAAUUUGCCCCAAACAUCAAUUUACCGAUAUUUUCCUCGUCUUCCGUACACUCGUAAAGCAGAGAAAGUCACGUGUAUUCUUUAUAGCUAAAACCGCGCGAAGUUGUAUGCUCAUUCAUUUUUCCAGCUGCCUUAAGUUUGCUAGCCCAUUAGCUAGCUGGCUAACUUGUUUACGUCGAUGGUUAAAAACGUUAAGCUUUUAUGACUGCCAGUGUUUAAACGGUACGUUCAUUUGUGGAGAAGGUAUAAAAAAAAUUUGUUAGCUUUCGCGUUCCGUUGCGUUUGCUUGUUGUGAAAUAGCGUUUGAAACGGGACCGAUACCUCAAACGAACACAACUUCAGUGUUAAUUGAAUAACUGCUCAUCUGCUAAUACAUUUGGACCAGCCAUGUCAGAACUGUACAUUCGGGUGGCUGAGGAUGAAAACGAGGAGCCCAUGGAGAUCCCCUCGGAAGAUGAUGGGACUGUGUUGUUAUCAUCGGUGGCAGCUCAGUUUCCAGGGGCUUGCGGUCUGCGAUACAGAAACCCAGAGUCACAGUGCAUGAGGGGGGUUCGGCUUGUCGAGGGGGUCCUCCACGCACCCGAGAGCAACUGGGGAAACCUGGUCUAUGUCGUCAAUUAUCCCAAAGAUAAUAAAAGGAAGAUGGACGAAAUAGAUGCUGCCUCAGCUGUGAAAGUCAAAAGGGGCUUUCAGAAGACAUCAGAUCUUAUUGUCCUCGGGUUGCCUUGGAAAACAUCCGAACAGGACCUGAAAGAUUAUUUUAGUACAUUUGGGGAGGUCAUCAUGGUGCAGGUGAAAAGAGAUGCAAAGACUGGGAACUCCAAAGGCUUUGGCUUUGUCCGCUUCACUGACUAUGAGACACAAACUAAAGUUAUUGCUCAAAGACACAUGAUUGAUGGACGAUGGUGUGACUGCAAACUUCCAAAUUCAAAGGCCUAUAUGUACUCUCAGGCAUGUCCCGAUGAGCCCAUGCGGAGCCGUAAAAUCUUUGUUGGUCGCUGCACGGAGGACAUGACAACUGAUGAUCUGAGGCAGUACUUUAUGCAGUACGGUGAAGUCACUGAUGUCUUCAUUCCCAAACCGUUCCGGGCUUUUGCAUUCGUCACAUUUGCUGAUGAUCAGGUUGCCCAGGCUCUGUGUGGAGAAGACUUGAUUAUCAAGGGAGUCAGCGUGCACAUCUCCAACGCUGAGCCCAAACACAACAAUAGUAGGCAAAUGAUGGAUCGAGGGCGGUUUGGGGCUGGUGGGUUCAGUCAGGGUUAUGGCAGUAGUCGUGGUGGGCUAAGCAGUAGUAGUGGAGGGGUUAACUUUGGGGCUCUGGGUCUUAAUCCAGCCAUGGUGGCAGCUGCCCAGGCAGCCUUGCAGAGCAGUUGGGGAAUGAUGGGCAUGCUGGCUAACCAGCAGGGCCUGACCACAACAGCAGCCACAGCCUCUACAACCAGAGAUCAGACCUAUAGCUCUGCCAGCACCAGUUACAGCAGCCCCAGCUCAGCUAGUCUUGGAUGGCCUGCAGGCACUAACACGGCCUCCAGCAGUGGCUUUAGCUCUGGCUUUGGCACAUCUAUGGAUUCUACUAAGUCCUCUAGUUGGGGAAUGUAGGUAGCUACAAAUAGAUCUUUUCUGUUACUCUUAAGUUGGUCUGGUAAGUAUACCUACAUGGAAGAAUGGCUUAUAUCUUCUUUUAAACAAACUAAAACACUUUACUAAAGCAAAGAUUUCUACUUGUGUGACAUAUAGUGUAGUCAUACAUGGGGUGAAUGGAAAGUUUAGUUAGUAGGAUCCGUCACAGUUUUAGUUUGAGAGAGUAUGCAACAGAAAGAUGGCCGUGCAUGCAUUGUAACUGUUUAUAACAUGCACGAGUUUCUGGAGAACCCUCCUACCCACGCUCCCCCAUAUGUAGUUCUAUGUAUUGAAUGCUUUGCUGUAUUUUUUCAUUAGGUUUGUUUUUGUUUGAUCUGUUUUGGAAACUCCUUCAUGAUAGUUUCUUCUGCAGCUCACCACCUCUUUCACAAUUUCCCGGGAGGAAUCGCAUCAUUGGCAGCAAUGUUCGGCAGAUCUCAGUAUCAGUACCCCUCCUCCCAUGUGUAAAUGCAUUAUCAUCCAAGAGCGCAGCUUCACUCUGCUUUACUGUUUUAGACGGUGGGUGGUCUUUGUUUUUUUUGUUCCUUUCUCUCCCCCCUUUUUUAUUUUUUUGGGAUAUAGAAAUCUUGUAUGCUCCUGUCGCUUUUUCAACUCGAUGAGUGGGGUUGGUGUUGGCCCGAGUGAGAGUGAGCGAACGGGAGAGCAAAAUGAAAGAAAGUGUGAGAAGAACUGUGCUGUUUUCCCCCCUCAAAAAGACAUACCUGGCAGAGUUGAGAAGAACCUGUGGCUUUGUGCGAGUGUGAGAGGAAGAAGCAAGUACGAGUGUGUUCACAGUAGCCAUCACAAAGACAUGCCAAGAUCCCUAAGUUCUCCGCUUUCACACACCAUUUUCUAUCAACCUUAAUUCUUUAGAAACCACAGUGAAAUGUCAAGUGCGCUGAAUAUUUGUAACCUUUUGUGGAGCUUUGCUGUCUGACUCGAUGUGGAUGCUGUGUCUGUUUGUGUGCUUCAUUUUCUUCUUGUUACCACCCUCUGUGUGAAAAUGUGACUUUGUGUUAGUGAAGUCUGUGUGGGGGAGAGGAAACAAAGUAUUUACGUUUGGAAGAUGCUGUGGUGAAUGUUUGAAAAGUUCCCGUUGAACGUUUGUGUUUGAAGUGGUUACGAGUGCAUUUUUCUAUGUUUUGUGAAUCCAAGGGAAGUCUGAAAUAAAACGUAAUUUGACUAGAUAUUA